UAUUGGCUUCACACACUUCCACGUGUCCCUGAAACCAGGAAGAGAGAAUGAAUAAACCAACAGACUCAGUGAACUGUUCGCCUGUCACUGAACUGCCUGCUGUCACCCGCGGGUUUCCCAGUAACCCUCAUUGAUCCCCAUUCAUCAGCACGGCUCUCAACAUGCGUCAGAAGAUCUUGGUGACAGGAGGAGGUGGAUACAUUGGCAGCCACUGUGUUGUGGAGCUCAUAGAGGCUGGUUAUCACCCUGUGGUCAUCGAUAACUUCAGUAAUGCUGUCAGAGGAGAGGGUAAUGUUCCAGAGAGCUUGCUGAGAAUAGAGAAGUUUCUGAAUACUCAGAUUGAGUUCCAUGAGCUGGACCUUCUGGAUAAACCUGGAUUGGAGAAAAUAUUCAAAAAACACUCCUUCUAUGCAGUGAUGCAUUUUGCAGGACUGAAAGCUGUGGGUGAAUCAGUAGAACAGCCUUUACGAUACUACAGAGUCAAUCUCACAGGAACCAUCAAUCUGCUGGAGGUGAUGCAGUCUCAUGGAGUGCGUAAUCUGGUAUUUAGCAGCUCCGCCACCGUCUAUGGAGACCCCCAAAAACUCCCCAUUGAUGAGCAGCAUCCAGUGGGUGGCUGCACAAACCCCUAUGGCAAGACCAAGUACUUCAUAGAGGAAAUGAUCAGGGACCAGUGCACAGCAGAGAAGGACUGGAAUGCUGUGUUGCUCAGGUACUUCAAUCCCAUUGGUGCUCACAUCUCAGGACAGAUUGGUGAAGAUCCACAGGGAAUCCCAAACAACCUUCUGCCUUAUGUUGCCCAGGUGGCUAUUGGCAGACGAAAACAUCUGAAUGUGUUUGGAAAUGACUACAGCACACCUGAUGGAACAGGUGUGAGAGACUACAUCCAUGUUGUUGACUUGGCAAAGGGGCACAUUGCUGCCGUCAAGAAACUGAAGGACAACUGUGGGUGUAAAGUCUAUAAUCUGGGCACAGGUACAGGCUACUCAGUGCUGCAGAUGGUGAAUGCCAUGGAAAAAGCUUCAGGUCGAAAGAUUGCCUAUCAGACUGCACCUCGACGCAGCGGUGAUGUGGCCUCAUGCUAUGCAGAUCCAACUCUGGCAGAGAAAGAGCUGGGCUGGAAGGCAGAAUACGGCCUGGAGAGGAUGUGUGAGGAUUUGUGGCGCUGGCAAUCCCAGAAUCCCACAGGAUUCAGUAAUGGAACACAGUCUUAAAACUGGAUGAAUGCAGAAUCUUUCUUAUGGAAAUAAGGGAAUUGCACUCAUGGCAAAAAACAAAACAAAGCCAAAGUGGGACCAUGAAGUCUUUCAUUUUGUAAUAAUUAUAUGUAAAAUCAUUAUAUUACAAGAAACUUGAAGCUAAACAAAUGAUUUUAUCAAAUUUAAAAUCUGUCUCUUUUGUUUUCUAAUGUCCUCCAUUUUCGUGUAAUCUCACUUUUAUCAAAGUACACUGAAUGGCUCAUUUCUAAUCUGGAAUUAUUUAUACUUCCUUGUCAGUAUGAAAUAAUAAAAAUUAUUUCACUUAUUUAGAAA